AUGCACCUCAUCGAACUCGACGACAGCGGGCUCGGGAUGCUGGCCUCGACGAACGAGGUCGACGAUGGUUUCGGCAAUUUUGUCGUCUCGGACAAGUUUCUCCCACCCCGCGCCCACGACUUCGAGUCCGAGCUCGGCGAUAUCUCAGAUCUCGAGAUCCAGGAGCUCCUCUUCCGACGCCGAAGCUGCUUGGGUCGCGCAACUUCCGCUUUUCGCGUCACCGCGCGACACGCGCCUGUCGACCGCACGUCGAUCACCUUGCCUUCGACUGCCACCGAGUACGCCAUGACAGUCGCAUGGGUUGAGCAAUCCCGCCUCGACGAUGCGAUUGCCCUACGUCGCAAGAUGCACGCUGCGUCGCGUAUCGACACCGAGGGUUUAAGCCUUAGCGCCGGCAUCUACCGGGACGGCUUCCGCACGCUUCCAACUUUCCUCGGUGAUGAUGAAAGCUUUGAUGAUAUCGGGCCCCGGGCACUCGAGGUGGUCUUCCACCGACAGUGUUAUCAGCCCCUCAACACGGCGACCACGACCAGGGAACUCGCCCAGGCCGUACUUGGAGUCGUCAAAGGUGAGCACGGGAAUCAACUGGGCGGCCUUGCGUUUGCGCUCCCUAGCCGACACGCCCGUUCCCAUGACAAUGCAGGACACCGAAACCUCUACAAGCUGGGGUAUAUGCACCGGGAUAUCUCGUACGGUAACGCCGUCAUCGACCGCGACGGUGUCGGCGCCCUCAUCGAUUAUCACCUCGCCGUCCCGCAUGAUCGACCUUGCACCGAGCUGCACCACAGAAUACGAUCCGUGCGUCCUCCCCUCUGUAUGUGUCUCCGAAUGAAGCUUCUGACCAGCACUAACCUUUGGACUAUACGACGUCUGACAGGGCACCUGGCCCUACCUCGCCUGCUCGAUCCUCGCCCAGCCACAACAGCCGCUCGGUGUCGUCCACGAACGGUGGCACGACAUCGAGUCGCUCUUUUACGUCAUAAUGGAAUCUUCGUUCCGCGAGCCUGACCAGGGCAACAAUGAAGAGCUUGUCAUGACGCCAAAGGGUCAGACUACUUGGGAGGACUGGAACGAACCAUCUGCGCGCAGAGCCUAUGUCUUCAAAGUUGUGCUUCGCAUGGAUCCGGCAUACGAAUCUGUACUCGAAGGCUGCGCACAUCGAUGGACAAAUAUCCGGCUCCUUAUCGACAUCUUGAGACGCAAUUGCGGCCUCGAUAGUCGGUUCCUUGGUCUCGAGGUGGCCGAGGAAGAUUCCGAACUGGGGGAGUUGUGGGGUCCGUCCGGAACGAUGUCGCACGAGUCCAUCAUCUCGGACAUUGAGCAGCUGCUUCCCUUGCUCUGA